AUGGGCAUUUUAACCAAAGCGAAAGGGAUGGAUUUCUACCGGAAAAUCCCGCGCGACAUGACGCAAGGCACGUACCUGGGGACGAUCCUCUCCAUCCUGGCGACAUCUUUAAUCGUGUUUCUUUUGAUCGCAGAAACGCGAGCGUAUUUGAAAACGACGUUCGAGACGAAAGUGGUCGUCGAUCGGUCGGUGGAUGGAGAGUUGUUACGGAUUAACUUUAACGUGUCUUUUCCGGCUUUGUCGUGCGAGUUCGCGUCGGUGGAUGUUGGGGACGCGUUGGGAUUGACGAGGUAUAAUCUGACCAAGACGGUGUUUAAGAGACCAAUCGAUGGGAAUUUUCGACCGACUGGGCCUUUGGCGUGGGCGGAGAAGACGCCAGGGAAGGAUGGAGACGCGCACGUGAACGAGGAAGAGUUGACGGAGGCGCAGAUUGUGGUGGAGAAGCACAAGGAAGCGUUGGCGACUGGACGAGUGACGCACUCGAGCGCGGAACCGUUGACGACAGAGGAAGAGAUGCAAGCGUUUAACGACGCGCAUUCGGUGACGAUGAUCAAUUUUUACGCGCCGUGGUGUCCGUGGAGUCAACGGUUGCAACCGGUGUUUGACGCGGCGGCGAUUCAGUUGCACGAGACGUUCAACACGAAUUCGCAAAACAUGCACUCGAUUGCGCUCGGGAGAGUCAAUUGCGUGGAGCACGAGCAGUUGUGCAGGAAACAUCACAUUCAAGGGUAUCCGACGGUGAGAAUCUUUACGAGAGGGUCGGAUUUAAUCGCGCAUGGGAGACACACGGAUCACGCGUCCUAUCACGGGGACAGAACCGUGAGCGCGAUUGUAGAGUUUGGGAAGAGCAUGGUGGACGUUCCCGCGGGCGGCGAAGGGAACAUUCCAGUACCAAAAGGGAAACCGACGAAAGAUAACGAGAAGAAACCGCAACCGCCGCGACCGAACGAGCAAAUCGAUUUCAAAGUCGCCAACCACGCGGACGUGGUCCAAACCAGAGCGAGCACGGGGUGUUCCAUCACCGGUUUCGUCUUGGUGAAAAAAGUCCCCGGACACGUCUUUUUUACCGCGGAUGCCAAAAACGGCCACUCCUUCGACGUGGACAAAUUAAACGUCACGCACCAAGUUCACCACUUCUACUUCGGUCAACAAUUAUCCGCGUCGAGGCAAAAAUAUAUGGCUCGAUUCCACAGAGGCGAAAAAGAAGGAGAUUGGCACGACAAAUUGGCGAACGAUUUCGUCGUCUCGAAAAACCCGCGAACGUCGCACGAGCAUUACUUACAAACGGUGUUAACCACCAUGCAACCCCUGGGCCCGUUCGCGCAACCGUUCAACGUGUACGAAUACACCCAACACACGCAUUCGGUCAAAACCCCAGACGGGGAAACGCCGAGAGCGAAAUUCCACUUCACCCCGUCCCCGGUGCAAAUUUUAGGCGUCGAGAAAAGACGCGAGUUUUACCAAUUCAUAACCACGUUAAUGGCCAUCGUUGGUGGCGUGUAUAGCGUGGUAGGGAUCAUCGACGGGUUGAUGCACAACACGAGUUUGAUGUUCAAGAGGAAAAUGCAGCUAGGGAAAGCCAUGUGA